CAGCAUUGUUUUACUAUAACUUAUAAAAGUGAAGGACAGAGACAAUAUGAUUUACGGUGUGAUUCAGAAUCGGAAUGUACGGCCUGGAUUGACGCCAUUAAACGUGCCAGCUAUAGUAAGGUGGUGGAGAUGAAAGAGGAGCUAGAACAGAAACAUCUACACCUACUCCAGAUACUAGACAGUGAGAGACAGGCCAAAUGGCAGUACGUUCAACAAACUGACGAAUUUACCAUCGAAGUUAAAAAAUUAAAAGCUGAGGCAAGUUUUCUUCAAAAAUUUAAAAAUCAAAUUUGCUCAAAUCACACUGUAGAUGAAGAGACAGAUGAAAUACGUAAAAUCAAAAAGGUUCAGAGUUUUUUCCGGGGUUGGUUAUGUCGGAGAAGAUGGAAACAAAUCGUAGAGUUGUAUAUCCGCAGUCCACAUGCGGAGAGUAUGAGAAAAAGAAAUAAUAUCGUGUUCAAUAUGGUCGAAUGUGAGGAAGAAUACAACAGACAAUUAUCGUGUUUAGUCACAUGUUUUUUACGCCCAUUACGAAUGGCUGCCAGCUCAAAGAAACCACCGGUUACUCAUGAAGAUGUUAAUAGUAUAUUUUUAAAUAGUGAAACUUUGUUAUUUUUACAUCAAAUAUUUUUAAAAGGGUUAACAGCGAGAUUAGAAAACUGGCCAACAUUAGUGUUAGGAGAUUUAUUUGAUAUGUUGUUACCAAUGUUAAGUAUUUAUCAGGAAUACGUAAGAAACCAUCAUUAUAGUCUACAAGUUUUAGCUGAAUACAAACAGAAACCAGAAUUUAACAAUUUGCUCAAACGUUACGAAGAGAAACCAGCUUGUGAAGGGAGAUCACUGGAAUUAUUUUUAACAUAUCCUAUGCAUCAGAUUCCUCGAUACAUCAUCACCCUACAUGAAUUAUUAGCUCAUACACCCCAUGAUCAUGUAGAAAGAAAAAGUCUAGAAUAUGCCAAAGGAAAGCUGGAAGAUCUGUCUCGGGUGAUGCAUGAUGAAGUCAGUGAAACAGAGAAUAUCAGAAAGAAUCUAGCUAUAGAGAGAAUGAUUGUAGAGGGUUGUGAUAUUCUAUUAGAUGUUAAUCAAACAUUCGUUAGACAAGGUCCUCUCUUACAAGUGCUCAAUGAAAAAGGAAAAUCGAAUCGAGGGCGUCUAGGAUCUUUUAGCUCUUCAUUUAAGGAGUCCAAAAAAGAAAUAGUACGUCAAGUCUUUUUGUUCACUAAUCACAUGCUGCUAACACACAGAGCUUCUAAUGGUCGACUGCAUUUAGCCAAGCACUACGGUAAAAUAUCAUUGAUAGAUUGUACAUUAAUAGAAGAUCCAAAUUCAGAUAUAUUUUUCUUUGAUGAGGAAAAUAAGGAUGUUAAGGCUGAUUAUUAUAAUGGUUUAGAUUUCCGUAUUAUAAUUGAUUCUAAAAGUGGGCCCCCCAUUACCAUCAGUCUUGUAGCCUCUACUCUACAUGAAAAGGCUGCGUGGUGUAGUGAUAUCAGUCAGUGUAUAGAAAAUUUACAGUAUAGUGAUCUCCUCAACAGCUCAAUGAGUGAAUCGUCCUCUGUCACAAUGCCACAGUCUGUACGGUCAGAUCCCAAACUGUUUCGAGAUGAUGUCGAUAUCAAGUUUAGUCGAACUCUCAAUUCAUGCAAGGUUCCACAGAUCCGGCAUGCUAGUGUAGAGAGACUGCUAGAUAGACUAACUGAUUUGAGGUUUCUUAGCAUCGAUUUUUUAAAUACAUUCCUAUUAACAUACCGUGUAUUCACCACUGGUCAAACUUUGUUAGAGGCGUUAAAACGUGUGUAUAAAAACCCUGAAGCUACUAAUAUAGACUCCAAAAUUGCAAGAAGGAAAGUUUCUGUUCUAAUAUUAGAUAUAUUUUAUAACAGAUCCUUAUCUGAUGCUGAAGAAGGGAGUCCACCUCAUACAGAUUUUACUGGUGAACCACCAGAAGUGGAUUCUAAGUAUGUUAUCAAACCACAAGCUGAGAAGUUUCGACGUAUCAGUACUGGCUGUAUGAAUGAUUCUCAAGCUAUAGACAGACUUCCUCUUGGGGGCUUCCACGGCACAAAAAGUAAGAUUAAAUCUGUUGAUAGCGAUGAUAGUCGUUCAGAAUUAUCUACAUAUCUCAUACCUCCAAAACCUAAACUAGCACCUAUAGCUUCUUGUGAGACUCUUUACGACCAUGAAAUACCUGAUGUUCCUUCAAUUACCAUGGAAGAUUCAUCUACCACAUCUUCAGGGGUAGUUUUAUCGGAUUUUGAUGUUGGAGAGUCGUCUGUUGAUACGUGUGAUAGUGACACUGAGGGCAAACUGGCACCUCCGUUAAUAAUAUCAGGAGCACCGUCAGAUUUUAACGAGACGUUGAUGCGAACUAGUCAUUACACGUUAAGUUCUGCUGCAAGUUCGGAUACUUUGACUCCAGGCACACCUCAAGUUAGUCCCAUACCUUCACCACUCGGUAGUCCAAAGAAAAUCAAAUUUAAUUUGAAACAGAAUGGUAAUAAAGGUCGGCCAAGGAGUACAGAUAGACCUGCUAAGAAACGUGAAUCAGUCAUUAGUACAGCGGCUACCAUGAGAGUACUCAAUAUAUUAAAACAUUGGGUGUCCAAACAUCAACAGGACUUUGAUUUAAACCUGGUAUUAAAGUCUGCUGUAAUAGAUCUACUGGAGGAAAUGGUGUGUAAUACCAAUCUACUACCAGCAGAACAUAAAGCUGCAGCCUCUAUACUGCGUACUAUUACUAAAGAUACCUCAGACAAUAAGAAAGUGGACCUGGAAAAACUCUUACAGCACACUUCAACACCAUCAAAAGAUAAUUUUGACUCACUGUCAGCUCUAGAUAUAGCAGAACAAUUGACUUAUCUAGAUCAUCAAAUAUUCAUGUCUAUCAGGAGCGAGGAAUUACUGAGUCAAGCGUGGAUGAAAGGAGAUAAAGCUACUAGAGCACCACAUGUACUUCUAGUUAGUAAACGAUUUAAUGAGGUGAGUCGACUGGUUGUAUCAGAAAUUGUUGGUAGACAGACCCAGUUAGAUCGGGUAGCCUGUAUAGAGAAAUGGGCAGCCAUUGCUGAUAUCUGUCGUUGUAUGCACAAUUAUAAUGGAGUAUUACAGAUCUGUGCUGCCUUCGUCAACAGUUCAGUCUACAGGUUGAAGAAAACAUGGGAGAAGCUUUCCAAACAGGUACGACCAAAUUAUUUUGGUGUAAAAAUUAUUACCUUUGAUUUCCAGUUGAUAACCAUAUUUGCCUUUACUAAAAAUAAGACUAGCCCAAAAUGA